AUGCGAAAUAAGAAUCUCAAAGCCCUUGGGGCUGGCAGGUUUGCCAUAUUGGCGAGCUUGCUCCUCAGUCCAGUCUAUGCGGAUUACGAUACCCCACCCAGCCAAAAGUGUGCUGAGGCUAUUCUCAGCGCUUGUGGCACCGUCAACUUUGUUGGGCAUGGCUACGGACAGUAUUAUGAGUCGGCCUGCCAAAACCCGCUCAAAGUAGCAAGCAUUUAUGCAAACAUCAGGGCACUCUGCUUGCCAGAAGAUGUCGACCCAGGCGCUAUGUUCAUGGAGGACUACUGUAUGAAGUGGGGCAAGAUUCCGUUCAUGCCUCUGUCGAAGGUUGCGGAGAAUGUCACACAGGACAAGAUCAGCAAGAUGAGGGUGGUAUCCAAGCCAGAAACCAAAGGGGUGAACAUGACAGAGCCAAUCUUGAUCACUGAGGACUGGUACAAGAUGACUGCCAAGACUAUUAGAGUCUGGUACUGGGAACAGGGCCUUCACAAACUCUAUGGAUGGGCCUCGUAUGGGUUUUGGGGCACCAUUCUCUUGGUCGGGAUGCUCAUUCACGGCUACGAGUCACUGAUGGCGAGGCAGGUAUUUUCUUCCGAUAUUGAAGGAAGUCCUGCUGUGUCGCGACGAAAGUCCUCUGGCAUAUCCCGAUCUUUGCACGCCGCACGCUUUUGGGUCCAGAAACAUCUGGUCAUUCCCAGCGUGCUCGCUCCCUAUCGUCGACAACCCCUUCUGUGGUGCUCUGUUCCUACUCGCAUGGAAGGUUUCAUAGUUGCCGCUUUUUGGAUCAUCAGCAUCGUUCUGGGCUGUGUGAACUACCAGGUCUUCGUGGGGAAUACCUACUACAACGAGAUUGCCCCGCAAGUCUGGAGAUAUAUCGCCGAUCGGACUGGCAUCAUGUCUUACGCAAACCUGCCCAUUCUUUGGAUUUUUAGUGGAAGGAAUAACAUCUUUCUGUGGGCAACUGGAUGGCAAUUUGCAACGUUCAACGUCUUCCAUCGACAUGUCGCAAGGAUUGCUACAGUUCAAGCUAUUGUUCAUUCAGUCGCCUACACUGUAUUUUACUGGGUAGAGGGUGGUUGGGACGAUUAUCUCGACUAUGUUUGGAAAGAGCCCUGGUGGUACAUGGGUGUGGUUGCAACUAUCACGUUGAGCCUUCUUUGCUUCUUCUCAUCAAUGUGGUUCAGACAAAAGUGCUACGAGACCUUCCUUAUCAUCCAUAUUGUCUUCUCGGUGGUGACCAUCGUUGGUCUGUUCUAUCAUACCUGGGUUUUCGACACAAAAGAAUACGACCCCUACCUGUGGCCGCUGGUAGCCAUCUGGGUCUUUGAUCGACUCCUGAGGCUCGUACGACAAGUCUAUUGCAACAUCUACGUGAGCCUACGGCGCGGUAAAACGCUGCACACAACAAAGGCAACGGUCGAGUACGACAGGCAAACCGGUGUCUUGACCAUAGUCGCCACUCCAGGAACGCCUCAUCUUACCCCUGGCCCGGGACAGCACUACUUUCUCUAUCAGCCGUUCCGCUGGAGGGGCUGGGAAAACCAUCCAUUUACUCUAGGCUUCUGGAACAAGCCUGGAAUCGCCUCAGAGCCCAUCGUGACUCAGCAAGAGGCUUCCGCGGCCAAGUCAGAGGCAGAUAUCGGCAGCAGUGCCCAGUCUCCCCGGUCUUCUGUCACUGCCGCAUCUCAAAAUUCAGGCGAGACCCAACUCAUCUUCUGGAUCACACCAUGUGACGGCUGGACGAAGAAGCUCAAGGACGAUUGCCUCAAGUCAUCGGAGCCUACCAUCGCCACGCAGAUCCUUCUUGAAGGACCUUACGGAAUGGCUGAGCCUCUGCAUGCCUACGAAGAACUUGUCUUGAUCGCUGGUGGCUCAGGCAUUGCUGCUACCGCCCCAUACGUCCUGGACUACAUGCGCCGCUCACAGCGGUCGUCAGAUGGAAAGAUCAAGACACAGACUAGACACAUCUCCGUCGUAUGGGCACACAGAAGCACCAGGUUCAUACAAAAUGUGGCGGAUAAGGAGUUCGCGAAGGCUCUCAUCAGAGACGAUAUCAGUCCCGUCUUCCACUCGACGGAGGUACUCCAGUCAGGGUCGGCAUCAACAUCAUCCGAGGCCAUAUCCCAGCCAUCGGAGGAGAAGUCGGUCGGAUCGGCCGGGAAGGACAGCAAGGCUAUUAGCAAGUCUGUCGGGCGCAGGGGAGUCUCCAUCGCUCGCGGCAGGCCUGAUGUCGCACAGAUCAUAUCCAAGGCGGCCAAGAAUGCCCAUGAGUGUGAAAGCAGGGUCGCCGUAAUGGUGUGUGGUCCUGCUGGGCUCGCGGACGCGACACGAGAUGCUACGCAUAAGGCCAUGCUCGAGUAUGGUGACUGUGUGGAGUAUUUCGAGGAGGCCUUUGGCUGGUGA